AUGUCUGGACAACCACCAUCCUCUCCGGCUCAGCCUGGCGCCACCCGCGUCCCAACCCCACUGGAGUGCAACUUCCUCGUGGCCAUUGUCAAAAACAGUGAUGGAGUCACCAACAUCGACUGGGACGCCGUGGCCAGCGAGGCAGGCUACAACAACGCCGCCACAGCCCGUGUCCGCUUCGGCCAGGUCAAGAAAGCCCUCGGCUGGUCAGUCCGCACCAUAGGCUUAAAGACCAGCCCAAUCAAAAGCCCCACCAAGGUUGAGAAGAAGCCCGCCAAGCCCAGAGCCCGUAAGCCAAAGGCCCUGACGAAGAAGCAGCAGGAGGCCUUGGCUCAGGCUGUGGAUGAUGUUUCCAAUGGCCACAAGCAGGAGGAUGAUGCCAAUGGCCACAAGGAGGAGUAUGGAAAUGGCUACAAGCAAGAGCAUGAGGUCAUCAAGACUGAAGACGUCGAUGAGGAUGCGGAUACGGCGGUUGAGGAAGAGUACGCUUCUGCUAACGACUGUGCCUGA